AAGGGAGGUCGGUGGGGAGAAAGCUCUGAAGCUCACAGUAGUGAGGAAAAAGGACCAGAGCACGUCCACAUCGUGGGAUGAAGCAUCUCCAGGACAUGUUUACCCUCACCAGCAGCAGGACCAGAACGAUGCCUCCUUUAUUCCUGUGAAUGACAGCAGCGUGAUCCGUAACCCCGCCGCCGUGGCUGUGACGGUGGACUGUGACGACGUGGAGCGAGAUGCAAAUCUGCGCGAUCGGACGGUUUUCUUGUCGGAGCAAGUCCAAACUGCGGCGUCUCUGGUGGAGAGUUUGUUUUUCUACAAUCAGCCGGUGGCCAUCCUUCCUGCUCCGGGAUUCCUCCACGUGGAGGAGCGAACGCAGAGGAAUAAAUCAGCCACUCUGCCGCGAGCUGGCACUGGAGCUGCAGAGGUUAGAAGUAAGGACGGCCUCGCCACGUCUCUGCCUAAAAACCCGACAGAGGAAGCAGAGGAUCAGCCUGGAGCUUCAGAGGAUCCAAACCCCAGAAGUCCCUUUCCGGAGUCAGCCUCAGUACCGGGAACGUUGAGCAAAAUCGGGCAAAGCAGGAAAUCAGGGGACACAGCAGCAGGAUUUUCUAAAAACCCAUCACCUCAGCUUCCUCGGGCCUGGUUUGUGUCGCUGGAGGGGAAACCCGCCGCCGAGAUCCACCACGCCACGGCAGAGCAGCAGAGGAGGCGGCGGCCGGCCGAGAGCCGAGACACCAGCUUGGACUCGGGGGUAGACAUGAGCGAACUGAACGCAGCUCCUGUGAGGAGAGCUGGAACGCUGGAGCGGAGGGCCACCUUUGUCAAACGCUCAUCCCAACAGUGAACAAUCACCCUCAUAAUUGCAAAGGAUGAUGGGAGAAAAGACCCCACGCCUGCUGACGUGUUACUCAAAUGAUUUCCAAUCUAACACAUCAACUAUCAGCCUAAGAAACGUAACAAAGACUAACAUAUAAUAACCGUUUAAUUGUGAUUUUCUUCAUCAGCAUUUGUGUUUGUCACUUUGUUAGUUUAACGAUUCACUCUGAUUAUCUUUUGAUCUAUUUUUAAAGCGUUCCCAGUGGUCUUUUAAUUAUGAUUAUGCUACUUUUAGCCAAAAUAAUGAAAA